AUGCACUCAGGAUCGAGCCAGGAAACGGAAGACUCUGCCACUUCUGACUCAACGGAUGACAGUGAUCGUGAGGAUCAGCUCUUCGGACCGCAUCACCCGAAAUUUGCGGCUCAGCUUGUAACGGAUCACCAGGACAGAACCAGUCGUGCGACAAGCGAGUCCUUCUCGGAUGGCUCAGCAGCUCUUCGCCUGGAGCCUGGGACCCAGAUCUCAUUAACACACGUGUCGUCCCAAGGCACGAUUUCUCAGCCAAUCGGCCGACUCGCAGCGUACAGUGACACUCGUGGUCACGGCCAGUUUCGCCUUGGAAGUGAUUUGGCAUUGAUCAAAUUGGACGAUGAGGUACCUCUGCCACCGAAUAUGUACCGUUCGACAACGGGAGGAGAUGCGGUGCAGAUUGAAGCUAUCAACACGAAGGGACUACCACCAAAUACGGAAGUGACGAUUAUAGCAGGCACGGGUUAUCACUUGCAGGGCGUUGUAGGUCGACACGACGUUACAGUGUCGGUGGAUGGCAUAAACCUUACCGUGACUCAAAUUAUACUUACAGCACCUCUCGGUAAGCGUCUUGCCCCAUUGUCUGGACAUCAGCAGCUUGGCAUUAACAACUCACUGAACUGCUUCUGGAUAUUCUGGUUCUUGGGUUGA